AUGAGAAAACCCUGCUGUGACAAACAAGGCACCAACAAGGGAGCCUGGUCCAAGCAAGAAGAUCAAAAGCUCAUUGAUUAUGUACGUACUCAUGGUGAAGGCUGCUGGCGUUCCAUCUCCGAAGCAGCAGGUUUGCACCGUAGCGGCAAAAGUUGCAGGCUGAGAUGGAUAAAUUACUUGAGACAGAUAUCAAAUGAGGAAACUUUUCUCAAGACGAAGAGGAGUUGAUUAUCAAACUCCAUGCUCUCCUUGGUAACCGGGUUAUUGGCCGUUGGGUGGUCAUUGAUAGCAGGAAGAUUGCCAGGAAGAACGGACAAUGAGGUGAAGAACUACUGGAAUUCCCAUAUAAAGAGAAAACCGAUAAAAAUGGGGAUCGAUCCCAAUAACCAUAAGUUGAACCAAUAUCCAAAACGUCCUCAACCUCAGCAUGUUGUUCCUCCCAUGAAUGAGGCAUUUAAGCUUAGAAUGUCUUCAACGGACAAUGAUGGUGUCUCGGAUGCUGCAAGUUGUAUCAAAGACGAAACACCUGCCGCCGGUGUAUCGAACUUGGAUCUGGAACUUACAAUCGCAGUUCCUUCGAGUCCUAUAAAGAAUAUUGAAGAAAACAGCUCCCACCCUUCUUCUUUUUAGAUGAGGAAAAACCCU